AUCACCAUCAACAAAAGAAGGUGAAGAAGAAAGAAAAGUGAUUCAAAUCUACUCAACAUCCUGUGAGGAAGAGCCCAUUAUACGCCUAAGGGACAUGGACAUGAAAAAAUUAGAAGAAACCCAAGAUUGCUUCAUCUUGGAUUUUGACCCUUUUGACUCCAAUAUUCAUCUCUCUAGUCUCUCCAUCACUGAAGAACAUGCUGAUUCUGAUGAUGCAGAUCUUCAUGUCAUCUCCCAAAAAGGCCAGGUGGCUUGUAGAGACUACCCCCAUGCAAGGCAUCUGUGUGUGAAGUUUCCCUUUGAAGAAACCCCCCAUGAGAGAUACUGUCAACUGUGUUACUGCUACGUCUGCGAUUCAGCUGCCCCUUGCAAGUACUGGACUGCACCUCAACCUGGGCACUGCCAUGCCACAGAGCAAGAUGCCCACUGGAAGUUGCAGAGGAAAUGUAGGAUGAUUGAAAUCUAAAACACCCACUACUCAUCUUGUCUUUUUUCCUUUGUGGGCCAAUUGACAUUUGUAAAAGGUGGCCAAAAAUCAGACCACAAUCAUCAAAGUCAAUGACUUCUUCUUUAGCUAUGCUACUUCAGUA